UACUAUCAAAACGUAAAUAGUAUACACCAGGAACAAACACGAUCUACGUUACACUGUUCUUUCAGAUUCACUUCUCUUUCUUCUCAAUAUUCGAUUCAGUUUAAGCUUCUCAUUCAACUCGAGAACCCUUCAAUUUCAGAUUUUGAAACUCAAAUCCCAAUUUCGAGAUUAUUACUCCAACUCUCACUUUGUUCUCCUACUGUCAAUUUCUAUCAAUGGAACCGCCAUUACAAAGUUUGGUUCUUUUUCUGUUUUGCUUCGUCUUCUUCUACUUCAUCUCUGCUUCUAUCUGCGUUGACACACAAUCACUAGAUCCUUCCAUCACUCCUCCUCCGUCUCCUAUAUCCUUAAUUACACCGCCUCCUCCAGUAAGUGUCGUCGAGAGUAACAAGGCGAUUCACGAGAAGCAUCAUCACCGGAAGAAAAAAUGGAGAGAGAGAAGAAAGUCAAGGAACCAUCACCUUCGUCAUCAUCAUCCACCGCCUCCUCGGAGGAAGCAGAAGGGGAUGAACACGGGGAAGAUGGUGGGGCUUUUCUUCGCCGGUGUAGCUGCAGCGUUGCAAGUUUUUGUUGCUGCUUUCUUGCUUUUCAAAAGAAGACAGCUUCUCCGGAAGAUCAAUGAUGUACACUAAAAAGUUCAAAACUCUACAACAACGAGAUUCUAAAGCUCAUUAAGUCAUUUCUUGAAAAGAGCAUUGCGGGUUGGAGUUAAGUCAUCUCAAUUUUGGUCCUUUUUUAAUCUGUAAAUUUAUUGUCUUUUGGCUGCAACUCAAAGUUGUUGUUUAGAAUGUCUAAGUAUUGUAGUUGUUCUGUUUUAAUCUGGAACCUGUCGUUUCAAUGCAGAGUUGAUAAAGUUUCUCAGAAUUGAUGAUACAUUUUUGGAAAAUUUGUCAGAAAUAACAAGAACUGACAUUGUGUUCUUAAU